ACAUACCUUUCUUCUUGUCUCGUUAACCCUUGUCUUUUUUUCUCAACAAGUUUUGCAUCACCUUCUCCUUAACCACCAAGGAAGUCUUCUACUUAUUGAGAAAGACCCACAUGGUCCUUAUUUGGGUUACUUUGAAACUCAAGCAUCAAGAGUGAGAAGUGAAGAGUGAAGAGUGAAGAGUGAAAAAAUGAGUGCUGAUUGGGGACCAGUUAUUGUUGCUGUGGCUUUGUUCAUCCUCUUAUCUCCGGGUUUGUUGUUCCAAUUUCCAGCAAGGUAUAGGGUGGUUGAGUUUGGAAACAUGAGCACUAGUGGGAUUGCAAUUUUGGUUCAUGCCAUCAUAUUCUUCUGCAUACUUACCAUCUUGAUUGUAGCAAUAGGCAUUCACAUACACAUCAAUUGAUCAAUCCAACUUCAUCUUAUAAACUCACCACAACAAUCUCCAUAUGUAUCUUUACAAUUUAAUUUUUCUUUUUUUUUUCUUUUUUUUGCUCCUUUGAUGUAUUAAUUUCUCUCUUUAAAGUUUUUCAUCUUGGUUACUUCUGGGAUACUGUGUAAACCAAAAUUGUUCAAAAUGGAAAAGGAGAUGUAUCUAUAGGAAUUAUGUCUUUGUUCUGCGGA